GUGCUUGGGCGCCAGCCCCGCCCUCCCACCUUGCUUUCAUGAGAAAGUCAGCAAGGACCUGGGUUGGGCCGGGCUGAGUGGCCUGCGGCCACGGGACUGCCUGACUCCAGCACCGCGUGACUGCACACAGGCUUCCCUUUGAAGUGGCGCCUCCAGCCCUCCUGCCCUUCCGCAGAGGAAGCGGGGUGUCCCAGCAGCUGUGCUCGCCCUCCUAGGACGGCGGAAGGUCCAACCUAGCAACUUGUAAGGAAGAAGGUGACCCUGUGUGAACAACAAGGGUCCAGGGGGAAAGGGCAGCCAGCAGGAGCUGAGGUUUGUGGAGGACUGGCCAGCUGGUGUGGGGGGCGUCCUCCACUCAGCCCCGGGGCUGGAGACAUUCACCAGAACACGCCCAUCACGUGGUCGCUGCAAGGAGGAGGGGCUCUGUGGACUAGUCAGAGAAAGAUUUUAUUCUUUCUGGGACCUCUGCACAUCUCUAGCCUGAGGAGAUAGGGUACGGCAGGCGCCAGAGAGCCGGACUGCAGAGAAGAGCAGGGCAGGAGCAAGACCCCAGCCCAAGGGACGUCCUGGCACUGUCCCAGCGCAGCCAUGCCGGGGCUGACCUCUGUCCAGCCAGAGGGUGAGGGUGAGGCGGCCAGCCUGGUGGGCCCGUGAGCGGGAUCCCGGAGAAGUCGGCACCCUUCCCGCUCCCAGGAGCGGCCAUGUCUGUGCAAGGGACCUCACGGGAGUGGCUGGACACCAACCUGACGGGGCCCAGGUGCCCGGAGGUGUCGGUUCCCGAUGGGCUCUUCCUCAGCCUGGGGCUGGUGAGCCUGGUGGAGAACGUGCUGGUGGUGGCCGCCAUCGCCAAGAACCGGGCCCUGCACUCGCCCAUGUACUUCUUCAUCUGCUGCCUGGCCGUGUCCGACCUGCUGGUGAGUGGCAGCCGCGUUCUGGAGACAGCUGUGCUGCUGCUGUUGGAAGCCAGUGCCCUGGCCCCCCAGGCCACAGCCCUGCAGCAGCUGGACGCUGCCACUGACGCGCUGCUCUGCAGCUCCAUGGUGUCCAGCCUGUCCUUCCUGGGGGCCAUUGCUGUGGACCGCUACAUCUCCAUCUUCUAUGCACUGCGGUACCACAGCAUCGUGACUCUGCCUCGGGCGUGGCGGGCCGUGGCGGCCAUCUGGGCGGCCAGUGUCCUCUCUGGGACCCUCUCCGUGGCCUUCUACAACCACACGGCCGUUCUGCUUGGCCUUAUCAGCUUCUUUGUUGCCAUGCUGGCGCUCAUGGCAGUGCUCUACCUGCACAUGCUCGCCCGGGCCUGCCAGCACACCCGGGGUGCCCCCCGGCCCCACAAGGCACGGCAGCCCACCCGCCACGGCUUCUGUCUCAAGGGCGCAGCCACUCUCACCAUGCUGCUGGGCACCUUCUUCCUCUGCUGGGGCCCCUUCUUCCUGCACCUCUCCCUCAUCGUGCUCUGCCCUCAGCACCCUGCCUGCAGCUGCGUCUUCAAGAACUUCCCUCUCUCCCUGACCCUCAUCCUCUGCAACUCCAUCGUUGACCCCCUCAUCUACGCCUUCCGCAGCCAGGAGCUCCGGAGGACCCUGCGGGAGGAGCUGCUCUGCUCCUGGUGAGGGUGACUAGCAAGAGCAGGGAGCUUCGGUCAGCCAUGUACAUGGGCCCCACCCCCACGGCUCCCGCCCGGUAUGGUGCUGCAGAGAGACAGAGCUGCUGGGAGGGGCACUGCUUGCUGAAGGGGGCCCAGGGUGGGCACCUCCAGAAAACAGCGCAAGAAACCGGGGCAGAGUCUCAUAGCCAGGAGGUCAGCAAUAAAUGCUGUGCUUGGGGCAGUCCUCUGCCUUGGCUCCUUCCAGAAACUCCUUGAAACUUAAAUCCUUUGGUGGCGGUGGGGAGGGGGGGCUGGAGCGACAGCACAGCGGGAAGGGCGUUUGCUUUGUACGUGCCCAACCCGGGUUCAAUUCCCAGCAUCUCAUAUGAUCCCCCAAGCACCACCAGGAGUAAUUCCUGAGCAUCGCCGGGUGUGACCCAAAGAGGAAAAAAAAAAAAACAACCUUUGGCAGGGGUUGGGGGCGGUGGGGAGGACAGGAGCAAAAAUUGGAGUCCACUGGAAGUGGGGGAAGUCCUGGAUAGUCCAAAAGCCAUGCUGGGCUGUCCCGGGGGGAGCACACAGCCCCUUCUCGCAGCCCUCUGACCCUGCACACUCCCUUCUGCCCACCCCCAAGCCCAGCCACAGCCAGAUGACAGGACUAGGACAAUGGCUUUCAGCCGUCAGUGCUAGGGCCAGUGCUAGGCUGAGAAUGGCAUCGCCACGUAGCAUGCGGUGCGGGCCCUUAGAGAAUAGCUGCAAACAGCGGUGAAGGGGCACUGAAUGCGUAGUUUCUAUCAGUCUGGGGAACUACACUCUCCACGUACAAGCACUGGGCUAGAACACCUCCCAGCCCCCUCACGGAACAUACGCACAGCCCUAACCUCCUUCCCCUAGCCAAAGCCUGGGCAGUCCCGCUGCUCCCCCUCUAGGUCUGCUACGAGCCAGGGACAAAUCCUGGGAGCUGCCCAGCAGUGGCCUCCCAGGAGUGUGGGUGAUGGUUCCAGGGUGGGACAAGGCUGCCAGUGGUGUCCAAGUCCAGGGAGUGGGCAGCUUGUGGGCCACACUCCUGGGCAGAGAUCCUGGCCUUCCUCUACUGCAGCCUGGGCAGUUUUGCUGCGGAGCCUGGGGGCUCAGGCCGUCUUCCCCUUCUUGGUACUGGGCAGUGCCCGCAGCAUCCCCGGCGGCCAGUCCCCGCCCAUGCUGGCAGUGCCAAGCCUGGGUGCCGGUCUCUGGCGCAGGAGCCGGUUCCCGGCAGGGCCAACCUCUGCCGAGACAGCAGUGAGUCAGCUUGGACCCGCACCGGCCCUCUGGGGCCCAGGGAGCUGGCCCGGUGCCUCCAGGGGAGGGCGAGGCGCCGAAGCUCCUGGCUGGCCGAGAGGGACAGAGGGUCGAGCGAGAGCUCCAAGACAGAGAGACAAAGACCACCCUAGACCCCAGACGGGGAAGGGAGGGGCCGGGUGCCAGCACCGAAAGGCGGCCGCGAGCACUGUGGGGGAGGGGCGCCUCCUGAGAACAAAGGACUCGUUUCCAAGUGGCCAAACGGCGGGGGUCUACACACGCCCCCCGAGCGCGCACUCACCGGCCGGGUCUUCCGGGGAGGCCUGUCCCGGGGACAGCAGAAGGGCCGGGCCGGACAGACGCCGCCGGCCCGCGAGUCCAGCGCGCAGGGGCCCGCACACAAAGCCGCGGCGGCGGG